ACGGGCGGAAGCCGGGCGGCGAAGCGCGACGCCGCUCCGGCGCUGCGUGCGUCUGCGCCCGCCCCGCCCUCCCGUCCCGUCCCCCUGCUCCGCGCUGAUGGCGGCGGCGAUUAUGGCGGCGGAGCAGGAAGCGGCGAAAGGCGGCGGCGGCAGGAACCGCGGCGGCGUGCAGCGCGUGGAGGGCAAGCUGCGCGCCAGCGUCGAGAAGGGCGAUUACUACGAGGCGCACCAGAUGUACCGGACGCUGUUCUUCAGGUAUAUGUCACAAGGAAAACACGCAGAAGCAAGAGAACUAAUGUAUUCAGGGGCUUUGCUGUUCUUCAGUCAUAACCAGCAAAACAGUGCUGCUGAUCUAUCCAUGCUGGUUUUGGAGUCUUUGGAGAAAUCGGAUGCAAAAGUAGCGGAAGAGCUUUUAGAACACUUGGCUAAAUUGUUUAGUUUAAUGGAUCCAAAUUCUCCCGAAAGAGUGGCUUUUGUAUCCAGAGCACUAAAGUGGUCUAGCGGGGGAUCAGGAAAACUUGGACAUCCAAAACUACACCAGUUACUAGCAAUUACCCUGUGGAAAGAGCAAAACUAUAGUGAAUCUCGGUAUCACUUCUUGCACUCCACAGAUGGCGAAGGAUGUGCAAAUAUGCUAGUAGAAUACUCCUCGUCCAGGGGAUACCGCAGUGAGGUGGACAUGUUUGUAGCACAGGCAGUACUACAAUUUCUCUGCUUAAAAAAUAAGACCAGCGCAUCGGUUGUUUUUACGACAUACACACAGAAACACCCUUCGAUAGAAAAGGGUCCGCCCUUCGUUCAGCCGCUGCUAAACUUCAUCUGGUUUCUGCUGUUGGCAGUCGAUGGAGGAAAACUAACAGUAUUUACUGUAUUGUGUGAACAGUAUCAGCCUUCACUGAAAAGAGAUCCCAUGUAUAAUGAGUACCUAGAUAGGAUAGGACAGCUUUUCUUUGGUGUUCCGCCCAAGCAGACAUCGUCCUACGGAGGGUUACUAGGAAACCUUUUAAACAGUCUGAUGGGAACUGGAGAAGACGACGACACAGACGAGGGGCAGGAAGACAGCAGCCCCAUCGAGCUCGACUGAACGUCACUGUCAUCGGACGCCGCGUAAACCCGAUGACUCGAUGACUCCAAAGACAGUCUUGGAAUUUGAAUCCUGCAGUUCUUUCUUGGCGCCUGAAAGGGCUCCUCUGGUCUUUUAAAAAUGGUUGCUGAAAUGUUUAUAAUGUUUGGUCUAUAUUAUUUAUGUAAAAAAAGAAAAAAGAAAAAAAAGAAACCAACACAAAGUAGCCAAACGAACCAAUUGGAGCAAAUGUUAGCAGGUUUCCGACACAGCGGCUGGUGACUUUGAUUGAAAUAUAGUCCUUACGGUUUCUGAUGCAGUAUUCCCUUUUGCACCGUAAUUCAAUAAAACAUAAAGAUGGGUCUUGUACUUCACGGCCUACCCGGUACCACCUUAGUUAGGAGGAAGGCUCCGUGGCCUCCGCCCCCUCCGAGGAGGAGCUGAAAGGCAGGUGAGCAAUUGAAUAAUUGAUUUGCGAGGCUGGUGCCAAACGUACCGCGGGUGAGCGGAGCAGCAUCGCUUGAGAGACAGCGAGACCGGGAACUCGCUUCUGCUGCCGUGGGUAGCACGCAGGCCUUUGGUACGGCCUUUUGCUCUCCUUAAGCUGGGCCUGGCCAUGCCCACGCCUGUGUUUAGCUGAUACUUCCUGAAAAGCACAAGAUUGGAUUGCUCUUGAGUAAAAGCCAAUCAGUGGAACAGAGGUAAUUGGUUUCCAUGCUGGAUCUCUCUUGCCCAGGUGUAAAAAUUCAGCUCCUGACUCUGCUCCUUGGGAACAGAUGCUUAUUUUUCAGCGUAAGUUCACAACCAUACGUAACGGCGAUGGCGUUAUAGCGAAUUAAAUGAUUUGCCGUGAGCAACGUAUGUGUUUGAACUGCAGCCGUAUGUCAGGAAAAGGGAUAUACUGCAGAACUUUUGGUUCUUUAUGAUAUAUUUAUUUUUUUCUUGGGUGAUUGAUUCAUUUAACACUUUCUGUAAAAAGAAAAGAGUAAAUCAAUAAAUACUGGCGUCACCUCGCCCCCAGCGGCAGGCACGGCCGUUCUCCAGCUCUUAACGCGCCACAGCGAUGGCAGUGGAACAGCCAACAGCUGGAACGCUGGGGAAACGCUUUAUUUUUUCACGAUGAAAAUGAAAAGACUUAGAUGAAUAAACAGCAAUCAUGCAUGGGGGAGGGAGGGAUUAAUGCCAAUUGAUUGACUGUAUGAAAAAGAACAGGCAUUGAAAGGAAGACUUUGUGUUAAUUGUGAAGUCUCAAAUAAACACUUUAUACCAGGA